GAAAUUUAUCGGUACACCGGUUUGUACUAACGAAUUUCCAGUUUGUCCAUGAUUCGCACAUGAAUUUUAUCCACGAAUUAAGAUAUAUAUAAUUCGUGAUUUUAUCUGGUAUAGUGAUAAUUUCAACAACGAUAAACGUAUAUAAGGCGCCAUGGACAUUUAGACGUUUUUCUUGCUCUAAUCCAUUCGUGUACAAUAAAUAUUAUUAUUACUAACCGUAGUGCACAGUACACACUGAAUUUUUCUGUUAUUAAACUUUUGAACCGAAACUGGAAACUGAAAAUUUGCCCAGUGACAAUUAAAAUACAAUUUUUUCUGUGAGAAAUUUACCAUGAAUUUCAAGUACGUAAAUUAUUUGAAGAAUAUUUAUUAUUCUCUUGUUCUGCUGGAGUUAGGCUUGUUAAACCUAGCCGAUAGACGUACUGAUGCUAACGAGUGCUAAUCUACCUUUCUUAACUAAACUUAUAAAUGUUAAAUUGCUCAUUUAAUGCACCUUCCCUCCUCUCCUGUAUUAAUUUCCUAGUUUCCUAGCUCUCUAUUUGUUCCAAAUGUAAUAGAUGAACGUACUACGUUUGAUUGCCGCAAUCAUCUUCGUGACUGAUUAAUCCGUCUAGCUAAUAGUCUCUCCAACUAUCACUCUUAUUCACCUAAUUCAAUCACUGUUACCUAAUUAAAAUUAAUAUUAAACUAUUUAUUAUUUUUCUUUUUCUGUCUUUCAUUCUGUACUUUAGGCUUUGUUUGUUAUUUAUAACAAUAUAUAUUAUUAUUUAUUUAGUAAACAAUUUGUUACUUGCAAUUAUGAAAGUCUGAUUUGUCAGUUUUGAAACCAAUUUCUUCAAGCUUAUGAAACAAAAAUUAUUUGUAUUUUUCAUCAGGAAUCCUGAAUCUAAUUUUAAGGUUUUAAUUUUAUUCAGGCAUUUCGUAUGUGCACAUACGACUUUGGGUUGCAAUUACUUAAAUUAAACAUUUUUUGGAAAAUAGUUUGGUUUAAUAUUUUAUUAUUAAUAGUAUAGUAUAUCAAAGUAAUAAAAGAAAAACAAUUUUUAAAAAUAUAUUUUUUCAUAUAGGUGGGUUAAUAUUGGUAUGCAAAUAGGUAGGUAUAGUAGGUACCUAUAUGGUAAGUUAUAAUGUAGAAUUUUCCUACAUUAAGGUUUAAGUGUUUUUGGAUAUAAGACAAGUCAAACAAAUUUAGGGAUGUCCUGCUCAAUGUAGGAUGGUCGACUGUUGAUAUAUCCUUUCACAAUUCUUAAUAACCUCAUUGUUAAAUAUCAACAAUUUAUUAGGUAUAAAACUUUAAUCUACUUAAAAAAAAAAAACAGAAUUAUAAUAUUAAAAAUUCUAUGUGGGUAUUUCAUUGUAACUGCAAUUUUUCUGCACCCUUCAACUUUCUUUUAAAUUUUUUGACCCAGUUUGGAAUUUGAGUUUGACAAUCUUGGCUAUAGAUUGAAUAUUAUGUUAACUAUUUACAUUACAUAUUUUAUUUUAUGUUCACCGAUAUGAAUAUAUAUUUGAUUGAACUUUUUAUUGUGUUUUCAGAUUUGGAUCUGUAAUGUUGACAAAUUGUAUUAUAGCAUGUAUAAGUUCUUCAAUUACUAUAAUUUGGUUAGAAAUAAACAAACAUAAGAAACCAAAAGAUUCCAUUAAAGUAUUAAUUUAUAAACCGCUCAAAAAGAAAAAUUGCUUUUGUCGAGCAAGUUUUAAUAUCCAAUGCGGUAAUGUUAAUUGUUCAAGUGUUAACACAAAGCAUAUCAUUGAUUGUCUUAAUAAUGCUAAAAAUUCUAUAGAUAUUUGUGUAUUUUCAUUGUCUAAUGAAAUACUUGCUUCAACAAUAUGUAAUGCAUAUUCUCGUGGAGUAGUAGUUAGAUUAAUAGUUAGUAAUUGUCUGUUAAUACAUUGUAAAGAAAUUAAAUUAAUAAAUUCUCUAAAGAUUCCAAUGAAAUAUCAAAAGAAUAGUCAUAAAUAUAUGCAUCAUAAAUUUUGUAUUGUUGAUUCCACUAAUUUAAUUACCGGUUCAAUGAAUUGGACACACCAAGCCACUUUUGAUAACUGGGAACAUGUUUUAAUAACAACUCAAUCAGAUAUUGUCAGUGAAUUUUCUAAUGCUUUUGAAAAAAUGUGGCUAACUAUAGAAUUGUAAUUAUUAAGCAAUAUAAGUAUAAUAUAAAGAUAAAAGUACAAAUUAUAUUGAUUUUCAACUGAUUAAUCAAUAUUUAAAAAAUUAUUUAUGACCUAUGUAUUUAAAAAUGUUAAGACUAUUUUUUAUUUUUUAGCGUAUAC